AUGAGAGGUGGGCGUCUCUAUGGUUUCCUAUAUGACAGGGAAAGUGUAUGGAAGAGAGCAUACUGUGGUGUAACUGUGUGCUUUACUCUGCUCUCUCCUACAGCUAUCAUACUGCUGUGCUUGUUGGGGGCCGCUCUGGCCAAUGAAUACAGCUGGAAUAGCCCUGGAGAGGAGACAAAGGACCCCAAAACAGAGAACUUGUGUCUGGCGGACCAGGCCUCCUGCGGCUGCUGCCUGAUGCAGAAGCAGAUGUGGAGGAUGGAGCAGUUUUUCAACAUGAGUCUGAACGAGCUGCAGAAGGGCCUGGAGAAGGCAAAGGCCGUGGUCAACAAUGUCCGCGCUAGCCGCAGUGCCUUCUCCGUGGCCCUGACCAAUACACGCCGUUGCGAGGGCCCCUUCCGUGAAGCUAAGACCAUUGUCUACCAGUACAUCUUCGUCAACCUAGGCGAGGGCUACAACAACCGCACCGGCAUCUUCACUGUGCCCCGCUCCGGUGUCUACAGCCUAGCCCUGACCGUGUACAGUGACUCGGGUGCCCCCGGCGCCAACCUGGCCGCGUGCGCCAACCUGAUGGUGAACGGGCGCCAGGUGGCGGGCUGCAGCGAGCAGAACCAGCAGGACCAAGAGGACAGCACCACCAUGGUGAUGGCCAUCCAGCUGCAGGCCGGGGACAAGUUGUCCGUCACCCUGCCCAUCGGAUGCUUCCUGUGCGACGAACAGAGCCACUACAACACCUUUUCCGGCUUCCUGCUCUACGCCACCGACUAA